GCAGUGGUGAUGAAAAGGGUUUUGAGUAACAACGACGACCUUCAGUCGACAAAAUUUACUGGAACAUUUGCCUACGAUUCCAAGCUUCUGAAAACUGGUUAUGGAACGUCGCCAGAUAAUACUGCAACAAGUCUCACUAACUCGGAAAUCCGACUCUUGGAAAUGAGGAAAAAAUUCCGCAGUCAGAUUGCUGAAAGCAGAAAAAGAAGAGAAGAUCUCGCGAUGAGACAGGAGGACUUGCGCUUUCAGAUGAAACGCUUUGAGGGUUUCAUUCGGGAUAAUGAGGCGAAACGCCUUAGAGCCGUAAAAAAAUACCUGACUGAGCGACAAAUCAUCGAGGAAAAGACCAAAGAAGGUAUUGAAUUAAGAGUGGAAUUUGGAAAAGCCAAAAUCGCGUGCGAGGCGAUGAGACGGAAAGUGGAGGAAUACAAGAAGUACGAGUCCUAUUUAAUGGACGUAAUCGAUCUCCUUCCACCGGAUUACAUAAAAAUAGCAGACAAUGUUCUCCUUGGCUUAAUAAUGCGCUACAACACUCUUUACGGAACUUAUCAGUCACUUUUGGCUGAGAUGAACACAAAAUCCAAAAAUAUUCGUGAGGCACACACCCGUCUGCAGGCGCUUCGCGAGGAGCAUGCUAGUCGAAUUCUCACCCUAAACUCCAAACUUGCAGAUCUCUAUAAGGAGCGAAGUGCCAAUAGUGAGCAACUCCAACAGCUCGUGCAAAAAUUUGACCAAGACCACAGAGAACUGCGAAAACAGCUUGUUUAA